GAGAUUCCUAGAGAGAACAUUUUAAUCAAAAUCACAAAUAAUCAAAGCCACAAAAGUCAAAGUUGCAAAUAUGGAGGGCCAAUGGUAGUCUCCCUCUGCUUCUUACAAGUUCCUUGAGGCCACUCUGUUUUUAAAGCAACAGGUGCAUGGAUUUUGUUUGUUCUUGUGUGGCUUCAAGACAUUUCUGACUUAUGGCAACCCUAAAGUGAACCUAUCAUGGGGUUUGCUUGUCAAGUUUCUUCAGAGGCUGAGAGUGUGACUUGCCCAAGGUCACCCAGUGCCUUCCCAUGGCUGAGCUGGGAUUCAAACUAUGGUCUCCAGAGUCCCAGUCCAUCACUCAAACCAGUACGCUACAUUAGCUGAAUGGUGACGUACAAACAAAUAAAUAAGACACAGCUAUCAUGGCAAAGGUAGCACCAUCACCACCACCAUCAUCUUCAUUGAUCCAGUCCUGCUAUGGAUAUGAUAUCCACCCAGCUACGGAAAUGGAAGAGGUGCAGGCCAAUCCAGGGGUGACUUUCCUGAAUGUGGCUCCCAGUUAUAUACCCCACACCAAGGUGGAGUGUCACUACAACCUCCCGCCAGGCAUGAAGCCAUCAGCCAGGGAUUGGAUUGGGAUCUUUAAGGCAGAAGCCUCUUCUGUGCGUGAAUAUUAUACCUUUGUGUGGUGCACAGUGCCAGAUGGUGGAAUGUCAGCAGGGGCCCUUCUUCACUGUAGUGUCCAAUUCCAAGCAAGUUACCUGCCCAAGCCAGGCCCCCAGCACUACCAGUUCCGCUAUGUGGACCGCCGUGGGGAAGUACGUGGUCAAAGCUCCUCUUUCCAGUUCAAUGAACCACGGCCCAUGGAUGAGCUGGUCACCCUGGAGGAGGCUAGCGAUGACGGUGGGGGCACUGAUAUGCUGUUGGUGGUUCCCAAGGCCACUCUGCUAGAGACUCAGCUGGAAGAGAGCCGUCAGGAGCAAGGAGCCCUUUUGCAGGAAUCGUGUCGCCUGAAAGAUGAGGUUCAAGAACUGCAAAGCCGUGUGGCUGAGCUGGAAGCAGCUCUUGGCUCCCUGCGUGAUGAGCACACCAAGCUGGCUGCACAGUACAAGGAACUAUCAGAUUCUUAUGCAGAAGUGUCCAAAGAAAAAGAAACACUAAGCCUUCAAGAAGCUGAUCACUUGUCCCGAAUCCGGGAACUGGAGGGUGAUAUCCAGGCCAUGGGUGAGAAGAUGCUACAACGAGAGACAGAGUUGGACAGAGUGAAGGAUACAGUCAAGUCUCUGCUGCGAGAACAGGAGCAGAUUCAUAAUCAACUCAAAGAGGAGAAUGCUGAGAAAGAGCAAUACCAGGUGAAGCUGCAGGCCUCAGAGAAGGAGAGCCGCAGCCUGGCCUCUGAUCUGCAGGAGGCCAAGACCCUUCAUGGCGAGAGGGUCUCUCAGACUCUGCUGCUGCAGGAGGACAUCAACAAGUUGCAGCAGAAACUGGCCACUGCAAAUCGACGCACCGCUCAGAUGGAGUCCUUGUGUGAACAACUGCGCUCCACACAGGACAUCCUGGCUGCCAGCCAGCAGAAGGUGGCACUUUUAGGGGAAGAGCUGGCCAGUGUGGCUUCUAUCCGGGAUCGCACCAUCUCCGAUCUGCACAAGAGCCGCCUGGAGGCAGCUGAGACCAACAUCAAAUUGGCUGACAUGACCCUCAAAUGGAAGGAGGGAAAAGGCCAGUGGUGGAAAGAGAAGGCCACCUUGCUGCAGAACAUGGAGGCAGAAAAGGACAAGAUCCUGAAGCUGAGCGCUGAGGUGCUGCGCCUAGAGAAGAGCCUGCAGGAGGAGAGGUCCCAGCGCCAAGUGUUGCGUGUAGAAUUGGCACAAGAGCGUGACACCAGUCUAGUGCAGGUCUCAGAGAGCCGUCGGGAGUUGCGUGAGCUUCGGGCUGCACUGCAGGUGGCUCAAAAGGAGAAGGAGCAGCUACAGGCUGAAAAACAGGAGCUGCUGGUAUACAUACGACACCUAGAAGAACGUCUGGAGAAGGUUGCUGAUGAGAAAUGGAGUGAAUCAGUUCUGGUGGAUGAAGAGGAGACAGCACAGGAGGCCACUGGUCCUCUGGAUUCGCCACUGUCAGACUCCGAGGAUGAAUGCCCUGAGGACAUGCGCCUCCCUGCCCAGCUCGGUUCCUACAGUCUGUGUGACAACCGGGCUGCUACCACCAUACCACCUUGUGCCCGUGGACCUACUCACACUGUGGUGAUCAGUCAGCCAGCACCAAUUGCCAGCCAGAUCAAACAGCCAUCAGAAGAUUCCAGUUCUGACUCGGAGGCAGAGGAUGAGAAGGCUGUGCUGAUGGCAGCCGCACAGAGUGGUGGCGAAGAAACUAAUCUGCUCCUUCCAGAACUGGGCAGUGGCUUCUAUGAGGUAGCCAGUGGGCUGACCGGGCGUCAGAUGUCAGAACCAGGAGCCUGUGGGAUAGGUGCAUCUCCCUUGGACCUGCCUUCACCAGGCUUUUGGAAGGAAUGCCCCAUCUGCCACGAGCGUUUUCCCCCUGAGAGUGACAAGGAGACAAUGGCUACACAUAUGGAUGGGCACUUCUUUUUCAGCACCCAUGACCCUUUCACUUUUGAGUGAGCCUCUCCCUCCCAUUCAGUUUCACCACCACCACCCCUUCCACAGUGUCCCCUCAGUUCCCCCUCUUCUCCUUUAGUGGGAUCCAGGCUGGGUACCUUCCUUCCCUCCUUUUCUCCCUUCCAUAGAGAGUUAGCUAAGAUGAAUGCACUCCUUUGCAGAGUAGCUUCACCUAGUAGGUGGCAAUAAAGGGGUUGCUGUCUUCCCAAGACCUCUCUCCAAGGCAGGGUAGUCAGAGCUAAUUUGCACUGAGAGGGGAAAAAGAUAUUUUACUAGCAUAUAUACAGCCUCACUCAUUAUCACACAUGCACACCCUGGAUAUAAAUAUGUCUUCAUACAUGCACACACAUUAAGCAGAGUUGGACAGCCUGUGGUCCUAUCUUUUGAUUCCAUUGGCUCAUGCUAAUAAGGGCUGGAGACCAUUAAUACUUGGUAGGUUCACAAUUUCCUCACCUCACCUUAAUCCCAAACCAAGUAUUAGUUGACAAGAGUUCUGAAUGACUUCAGGGCUCUUGUAGGGAGAAAACCUAUUCACACAUGACUGGAUACUUUGUGAGGUCAAAUGGCAGGGGGGAAAGAGUCAGCAAUUUUGACUGCAUGUGAUUCUCUUCUUGCUAAGUGAAAGGUUUGCAAUCAUGUGAGCCCAGAAGGUAUGGAAACUGGUUACCUUUGGUAGGUGUUUCUCACAGGUGAGAGGAGAAAUGCCAUAGCCUCAGUAGAGGUGCUUCAGUGAAAUACCCUGUGAUUCCUUGUUGUGUAGGUCUACCUUGGUUUUGGUUUUGGUUUGUUUUAUCACAGGAUAAUAGCUUAUAUCGAUAAAUGUGCCCUCACCUUUCUGGACAACAUAUGUAUGACAAGCCCAUUCAUAGAAGCAUGAUUGUCUUUGUGACUUGUAGCACUUUUAAGCAUGAGCUUUUGGGGAUUCCAAUCCACUUCUUUAGAUUAACAGAGUAUAAUCUUAAAGGUUCAGGGAUAUAUAGGUGCUGUUGUGUGGCUUUAUUUCUGAUUUAUGGCUACCCUACGGCAAACCUAUCAUGGGGUUUUCUCAGCAAAAUUUGUUGAGAGUUGGCUGGUAUUGCUUUCCUCUGAUGCUGAGGAAACCUGGCGAGUUAUCAUGUUCAAGUAAGGAUUUGAACCCUGGUCCUCUUCAGUCCUACUGCAACACUCAGUUCACUACACCACAUUGCCUAUCUUCAGGUACAUAUAUAUACACAGUAUUAAUGCUUAAGGUUGCUGUGAUACUCUGUGCAUUUGAAGAAGUCAAUUGCAAUCCACAAAAGGUCAAUCUUCAAUAAGUCUGUUAGUGUUAAUGGUGCCUUUAGACUCUCUAUUGUUUUGCUGGCAAGGCUAGCACAAACAUCCCUCUGAGUAUUUUCAUCCCAACAUAUCACACCAACUUUGCCCAAACUAGUGACCAUGAGAUGAGCUGGACUACAAUUCUCAUUCUCUGCCACCACAUAAACUUGGUUGGCUCCAGCUGUUGGUCCUUGCAAUAAACAAAGCAAACCGAGUCAUCAAUUUUAAAAAUCCCAAUAAUUUUCAUAGGAACAGUUUCUCCCCAUAGAGAUUUCCAGUGUGAAGUCGAAUGCUUUCAAAAAACACACAAAAAACUAAUUUUCAUAGGACUCAAUCUUGCUUUCUUUCUUUCUUUCUUUUGCCAGUUGCAAGCAAAAAGUGCAAAGGAUUUUCAAAAUGACAAGCUCCUUAUUAGAAAGAAAAGCUGGGGGAUUUGGCUGAGAACAGAUUUCUCUUGCCAUCUGAGCAGGAUUGAAGUGAAGUUGAGCAGAUACAUAGGGGCUGUUUGCAUAAGACCUUCUGAUCAUCCUGCUUCAUGCAGUCUGGGCUUUGUCUCUUUCUUGCUCUUAUUUCAUUAGCCAGACUAGGAAAUUGUGGGUUCUCCUGUUUCAGGCAUUACACAGAGACUGAAAACUGGACAGGUGAGUUCAAAAUUGUUAUAUGAACCAGAUCUAUAUAUGGAGGUGCAAAGCAACGUUAAGGAACCUGACCACUUUGGAAAAGACAGGCCUUUGCUGCUGUGGGCUGUGUACUGAGGAUGGCCUUUUGUAGCAAUGAAUGCAGGGGCAGCCUAGAGAAGCAAGAACUAUUAGGGACUGGGUGAGGAUAAAAAGGAUUGAAAGCCUUGCCCACAUAUAGGCACGACUACAUCUUUUAUUGCAGAAUGGGGGCCAACUUAAAUCAGGGGUGGGAAUUGUGCAGCUCACUUAAUGUGCUUAGACUGCAACGUAUUUGUAUCCUGCCUUCCCCCUAGAAUUGGGUUUCAGAGCAGCUCAAAAUCUGAAAGAGCAAUACAAUUAAAAACAUACCAAAAAUGAACAUUAAAAUAGCAUUAGACUAUUUACAGCAGGGCUUCCCAACCUUUUUGACUCACUGAGCCCUUAUUUCUGUAGCAGAGCCCCUAAGAGGCCUGUCCUAUAUCUUGAGAAGUGUAUGCAGAUCCUAAGGGCUCCUCAGAGCACAGGUUGGGAACCGCUGAUUUACAGGGAAUUAAAACAAUUCACACCUCAAGUUAAAAUGCAUUUAAAAAGAUAAAAAGCAACAGUUAAAACAAUAUAGCAGCCCCAGGCCAUUCUUUAAAAACAUGUUUUAAAAGCUUGUCUGAAUUUUAAAAAAUUAGCCAACAAGGAAAGAGUCAUUUUGGCCUACCUGGGAAGGGAGUUCAAGAGUCUAGUGGCUGCUACUGAGAAGGCCCUCUCUCAUGUCCCCACCAUCCAUGCUUGCAAUGGUGGUGAGACUACAUGAAGAUCCUCUCCAGAUAAUUCCAGAUCCUGGGCCAGCUCAUACAGGGAGAUAUGGUUUGCCAGAUAACCUGGACCUGAGCCCUAUAGAGCAUUAUACGUCAUAACCAGCACUUUGAAUUGUGCCCAUAAAAAUGGCAGCUAGUGGAGCUAUUUCAACCAAGAUGUUGUAUGGUCUCUCUAGCCUGCCCCAGUUGACAGUCUGACUGUAGCUGUUUGGAGCAUCUGAUGUUUCCAAAUACUCUUCAUAGUAGAGUGCUUUACAGUAGUCCAAACAGAAUUUAAGUAAGGUAUGUAGUACUGUGGCUAUAUGUGUUGUCUCAAGAAAACCAGUACAAUUGGCACACAUGUUUUAGAUGUACAAAAGCACUCCUGGCAUCCAUAUUCAAAGUUGUGUCCAGGAAUACCCCCAAACUGCCAAUAUGUGUCUUUAGGGAGAGAAUAACCCCAUCUAAUACAGGCUGAAUCCCUAUUCCCUCAUCUGUCUUCCAGCUAACCAAGAGCUGCUCUGACUUGUCUGGAUUAACUUUCAAUUUGUUUGUCCUCACCCAGUCCAUUGUUGAUGACAAACACUGGUUUAGGACCAGGGCAGUCUCCUUGGAUUUGGGUGGAAAGGAGUAAUAUGUCCCAAAAUCCUUCAGCCAGCACAGCCAAUGGUUAUGCUGGCUAGGGGAUCUUUGGAGAUUAGUCCAAAAACCUAACUUUUCUAAACUCUGCAAUAACAUAUCACUUGCUAAGGAUGUGCAGUUUGAGUCAGUGGGAAAAGGGAAAAAAGAUGAUCUUUGAGUUCUUUGUUUGCCCUAUAGAAAUUGCCUCAGUAGCCAUUUUUUCUAGUCAAGGAAGUAUUUUCCAUCUCUCGCCUUACAAAAUGCACUGCCUGAAAUGGUACAGCCCUGUUUCAUAAGCCUCGAUUGGGUUUUCUGUUCAUCUCCCUUUUAACUCUGAGUGUGUGCUCAGAAAGCAAACAUGGAUGCAAAUGAAUGGAUUUGGGUAUUUAUUGUUUUAGCUAUAGACCCUUACAUCAGCCACACCCCAAAGAUUUUAUGGCAUACAUUUGUACAUUAUAUAGCAGGAUAUUGUCGUUCUUUUUAAUAACAACUAAAACAACAAGGCUAUCAGACAAGUAAAUUAAAAUAAAGCAGAGAAAAGAUUCCAAUAAAAUCUCUUUCUGCCUGCCUCAAUACUAUCAGGGAACAAAACUGUAUACAUUUGCAGAUCUUGGCACCCGCCCCCUUUAAAUAUGAUCAAUAUCUUUCCUAAAUGUAGCUGUUACCUUUGCAUAAAUAGGAAAAAAACUAACAUUUUUCAUUGCAUAAUAAUUCACAUUCCCAAAUACCCAGUGAUGAUAUUUGAAAAUUUGAAAAAAUCAAGAGCCCUAGAGUUCUGGGGGAAAUGGAUUAAGUCAUUUUGUAACAAGGAACAAAAAGACAUUCAUAAGGGAAAUUUUUAGACAGGUGAUGAAGCUAAUGAGCUCUUGACCAAAGUGGUAUUCUGUCCCCCUCCUUUUGAGAUCAAAUUAGGUAAAUCCGGUAAAUUAGCAUAAGCAAUGAAAGAAUUGUUCUAAAAUAAGAACUUAAAGACAUCAGAAGAAAUAGCCAGCCUGGGUUAAUUGCAAGGAAGAGAGUUCUGUGGCACAUUAACAACUGAUUUAUCAUAGAAUGUCAUCAAAAGGGCUGGAAACAUGGGUGGCACCUUAGACUUGUAUUUAUGUCUUCAAGGCAUCUGCCAACUUAUGGCAAGCCCAUGAAUUUCAUAGGUUUUCUUAGACAAGGAAUGCACACAUGUGGUUUUGUUAUCUCCUUCCUCUGAAAUAUGCUUUAUUAUUAUGUUUUUAAAAAGUUAAAGUUUACAGGGUGUGGAAUUUUGAGCUGGGAGCCAUGCAUGUGCAGAAUCCACAGACGCAUGUACUGUAUAUGUGUGUGAUAGAGAGAAAGAGAGACAGAGAUCUUAAUGAGAAAUAACACCAAUUCCCAAGAGACAGGAAUGUGUGGUCCUCCAGAAAUUGUUGGACUCACAACUCCAACAAGGUUAAUGCAGAAUGAUGGAAGCUAUAGAAUGAGAAUAUCUGUAGGACCACAGGUUCCAAACUCCUGUAAUGUAAUAUCUUUUGGAAAGGAUGAGAAGGGCCCAGAGAUGGAACUCAAAUAGGUAGGGCAUAGACAGAAGCACUGGGCAAGUUGAACUUUUUUUUCCAUUACUGUUGGGAAGCGAUUCUGCAUUUCUAAGGAUGCAUCAUUCUGAGAUGCUGUAUUUUUGAUAUUCAGAGUAUCCAAGGGCACUCUGCUGUGUUGAUUUGCACAGAGUGGUUCGAGUUCUAAUACAGGAGAAUGGUGUGUGUGUGUGUGUGUGUGUGUGUGUGUGUGUGUGUUCACGUGGGCAUAUUUGUUUGCUAGCUAGUCUGCAGAAGCUUGAUAAUGCAGGACAUGUGGGAUCUUCUAUCUAGUGUUAACCCACCAAAUAUCCACUUUUAUUCUCAACAAUGGCUAGCAAAGUGUAUCAAUUUCAGGACAGAUGCCAGGUUACAUUAGUCCUACAAGACAGUAUGUGUGUGUCUUAUAGUGCUAUACUGGCAUCUGAUUAAGUAAAUGGAGUCUACAAAACAUGAUGCUACAAACUUCUUUCUCCCAGUUAGUCAUAGACAUGCUACAAUAUCCCUUGGUUUACCUCCAAUGCUGUCAGGGUUAAGUGUGCUAUUGGUGCAUUUCUGGUUGUUAUUUUUUUUCAUUGUUCCUUUGGAUUGAUGAAACAGGAGCUUAAGAGCUGCUGACACAAACCUCAGGGUCUGUUUGCACAUUGCACUGACGGUCAACACUUGAUAGAGAAGAGUAACCCUACCCAUUACCCUGUUGCUCCCAGCCUGGCUCCCACUCUUGGGCAGUUGUCCGGCAGUCAAUCUACAUGUGCAACUUAAUGUCAUCUUUGUGCAGGUGCCCUUUACCAUUCCAAACUGAGAAGAGAGAUUUCAUGUCUGAACACUUCCAGAAACCCUGCACAUAUACAGAGAAAGUAACAUGACAGGUGAAAGCGUUUUCUGCUAGCCCUCUCUCUGAUGCACUAAUUUCUCUGCUUAGGGAGUUGAGGGACGCAUUUGAGCCUUUUACAUACUGCCUUCAGUUUGGAAUGGUACAUUCCUGUAGACCUGCUUUUGCUGCCCAGGUAGAUAGGUUGUAAAAUUUGUAAGAAGCCAGAGCCAUAUUCAGGUAUUCUCAAUCUGGAUACUGUGAACAUAAGACAUGGGGAAGCACAUUCAUUUCCUGACCCUCUGCUGCUAUAUGAAAAAUUAUUUUUUUAAAAAAAUGAGAAGAUAGCAUUCUCUGUCCAUAGAGGCUCUCCCCAUGAUCUGGAACAUGGAAGAGGUGUUUACACAUUUGCGCAGAGUAUGUCACAUUGUAUGUACAUGCUUUCAGAUGUUCAUCUCUUAAAUAUGCAAGCAUACAGACAAACCAUCUGUAUAAACACUGAACCUGUGUUGAAAACAAUGUGUGAACACCCUUUGAUUUGCAUGGAUAGCCUCAGCAAGUAGAGGGAUCACUCCUUUUCAUGCAGUCACCCUCUGAUGCAUAGAGUGCAAGGGGGGAGUGGGGCUAGUGCAUUCCCCCUUCAUGUGAUUACAGUACUCAAAUUAGGAACAGUUGAAUAGGGCUAAAUGUCUAUGGGAUGAUUCCUCAGGCAGCGAUUGAGGAUAACAAAAUGUAGACAUUUAAAUGGUUUGGUGACAACUGCGAAGACAGAGGGGACCCUCCUUGAGCAGCCAAUAGUUCCUUAAGUAGACUUGGUUUUUCUCCCGAUCUUGUUUUUUGUUGUUGUUGUUGUUGUUGCUGUUUAUUUUUAAUAGCCCUUUCUCAGUGCUGUCAUGCAUCAGUUGCCACCUCUUUUGUUUGCUGCCUGCUGCUAUUGCAUGCAUCUCCUUUUUACAGCACUGUACCUCACACUGGGCUCCCAUUGUGUUUGGUUUAUUAUCUUACAUCCAUUUUGUUCCCUACCCCACACCUUGGCUUCCCUGGUUACUGAGCCUCCUGCUUGCUUUUUACUAAUUAUUUUGGUCGCAAAUUCUUUUUUAUUCUGCCUCCUGGCAUUUCUGCCAGGCCCUAAGAGAAGAGUGCAAGGCUGUAAGUUCCACUAUAACAAGAGAGGAGAAGAAGAGGAGAGAGAGAGAGAUUGCGAUGACUCCUUUGUGAUUGUGCCUUUUUGGAGAGGCUCUGCUCACUUGCGCAAGGGAAACCUUUUCAUCCUACUGCAUUUGUGAGUUCUCCUUCUCUGUUUCUAGACCGCCUUUCCUUUGAAAGCUUGCAUAAUGUAUUUUAUGCUUUGGAGUUGGCCCAAAAAGGUAUCGCUGCUUGUGAGUUUUGAAUUUUGUUGUACUUCACAGCACGGCCAAUAACGGCUAUCCCUGAACAAUUUUCCACUUCAGUGUUUCUUUUUUUUUACUUUAAUACAAUAGUAAGUGGCUCAAAAGCUCAAAGCAAUAAACCUCUUUCCCUCCCCCCACCCAAUUUUGACAUGCCCCCAAGUCUAUGUACAGGAUGUACAUAUAUAUAUAUUUAUAUUUAUAUUUAUAUGACAUGUUGCAGCAAUUCUAAUAAAAUGCAAUCUUUCUGCAACA